AUGCACUAUUCCACCCUCAGCAAGACGCUCCAACUCGCCUUCGUCCUCUCUACCCAGGCCAUAUCUCUUCCUGUCCAGGGCAACGAGGUUGCGCUUCCCGAGGGAUACACAGAGUCCCCUCUUGUGUGGGAGCUUCAGUCGCACCCCGACGGCGAGACCUUCUCCAUGGAGGGCACAGUUGAGCAAGUUCACCAGGAGCUCACGCGUCGCAACCCCAACUACCUGGCCGACUUUGGUAUCGAGCUCGACGAGCGCGACGAUGACAGCAAUGACGCUCUCGUCACGCGCGACACAUGCCACAGCGAAUGGCAUUCCAUCGUCUGUGGCUGGGACUCUCCCAUUGCCGAGACCAAGGCCAUCCGGGCUGGCAUCAGCUACCUGCGCGGCGUUCCGGGCAAACCUCACUUGGGUGCUGGCCCGGGCAACUGCAGCCGCGUUAGCUGCUCGUAUAGCUCGGCCAUCUACUGGUGCAAUGACCGUAACAAGGCAUGGUCACUUGGAAGCUUCAACAGCAUCGCCAAAGGCGCACAGUGCAUUUACAACGAUUGCCAGGCCAAUGCCAAGGUCAAGGGCGAAGCAUCCGCCAGGGGUUCCGCAUGGCGCGUCAUUAUCGCCCAUGCCAAUUGCUGA